ACAGGAUAGAUUAUUGAGAGCUUAUUAAUGAAUCAUCUGCUUGAAUUUGUCGAUUGUUCGAACAUGAAACGAUGAAUCUGUAGUUCAAACGGAAGCAGUUUGUAUCCUCCUCUUCGAUCGUUUCAACAGGUGUUUGAAUCAGAUGCCUGAGAUGAUCCCACUCGGUCAUCAGCAGUGAUCAGCGAUGGAUCGGAUCACCUUCCAUCAUGACACCGUGCUGUCAGACAUUCACCUGCUGCUGCCGAACACACGCCACCUCAUGACCCGACUCAACAAUGUCGGACAGCCAGUCUUUGUCUCCAAAUUUAAGAUCCUGUCGGAUGCUGAGAGGAGGGACGGCGGCGAUGGAGUGAGAGGUUUAAAGGAGACGGAGAAAUAUGAAGACAGGAGGAAAGAUGAAGACACGGUGACAGAAGAUGCAGGGGAAGGUGGGGACGGGAAAGUGGAGCCAUUGUUGGAUGAAGAUGGAGAUUUGGAAAUCACACACCGACCGAGGAGAGACUCUGUGGAAAUCAGCAGAGAGUUUGUCCGUCCCAUCAUCCUCCUACAGUCUGAGUCUGUGCUGGAUUAUGAUGAAGACGAGGACGAUGAAGAUGAAAAAUGCUCCAAAGAUGUUAUAAAGAUUGAGCACACGAUGGCCACUCCUCUGGAGGACGUCGGCAAACAGGUGUGGAGAGGAGCCUUCCUCAUGGCUGACUUCAUCCUCUCUGAGCCCGUCUUGUUCUCAGGUGCUACAGUCCUUGAGCUCGGAGCGGGAACAGGUGUAACCAGCAUUGUCAUGGGAACUGCUGCGAAAACUGUCUACUGCACAGAUGUUGGAGUAGACCUUCUGAGCAUGUGUGACAAAAAUGUGGCGUUAAACAGACACCUGAUGGAGCCAGCAGGUGGUGAGGUAAAGGUGAGACAGUUAGACUGGCUCCAGCAUGACCUCUGUACAGAUGCUGGUGAAGAGUUCAGCUGGACGGAGGAGGAGGUGGCAGACAUGUUUGAUAACACACAUUUCAUCAUCGCUGCUGACGUGUGCUAUGACGAGGAUCUAACAGACGGACUCUUCAGGACUCUGUAUAAACUCUGCAGCAGCUUUAAUCACACCUGCACCGUCUACAUCUCCAUCGAGAAAAGGAUGAACUUCACCCUCAGACACCUGGAUGUCUCCUGUGAGGCGUACGAGCACUUCAGACGCUGUCUGUCUCAGCUGCAGGACCUGCAGGACGGACGCUGCAGCUUCACCGUCACUCAGCUUCAGACCGACUUCUCUCAGUUUAUGGUUUACGAGCGCAUCGAGCACCUGGAACUGUGGAAGGUGACCUCUUCUCUUCAUCAGACUGAGUCUAAAACUGGAUGAGUCCCGUCCUGACUGUGAGCCACAGACUGAAGCACAGAGCAAACACUGCACUGACCUCUGCACAGAGAGCUAAUGUUAGCAGCUGAAGGAUUCAAAUGUAAACUAAUAUCAGCUGUGUAACAAUGUAACUCUGAUUUUUCAACCUAGAAUGUUUUACAGUGAGGGGGUUGACCACAGGUCCAUACAAUGUUUUAUGAAUUUUGAUUAAUUUAUUGUUUUUAAGUUUAAGCCAUGACAUGCCAUUCUUACUUUAACUUAAAACUUAGAGCUUCAGCUGAUUUUCUCUAUUUGUAAGUCUGUCUGAUCAACCGAAAUCAGUGUUUGAAUAAAGUUUUACUAUAAAGUCCA